AUGAAUCCUCAAGCGUUGAAGAUAGGUGUUAAAGGAUUAAGGAAGUUACGAAAUGGAGCAAUUGCUAUUGAAGUUGAAAAGGCGAGUGACAAGAUCAAGCUACAAAAGGCAGUGGUUGAGAUAUCAGGAAUGACAGCACGUGAGCCUAAGAAAAGAGUGCCAAAAGUAAUUAUACAUUCGGUACCAAAAGAAAUUGAAAAAGAUGAUAUAAUAAAGUAUGUGUAUCAGCAAAAUGAAAUAUUGCAGGGAAAUAAUACAGGAUUUGAAGAAUUUGAAAGGGGUUUCAUGGUUAGAUUUUCCCUAGGAAAUAGGAAUAAAUCCACCUCUAGUUGGGUGGUUGAUGUUAGCCCUCAAAAUAGAAUACAGCUAUUAAAGCUUGGAAAACUGAAUUUACAAUGGGUGAGAUGCCCAGUGGAGAAUUUUGUACCUAUAGUACAGUGUUUUAAUUGUUGUAGAAUGGGGCAUUUUGCCCGGGAUUGCAAGCAAGAGACCCCCACAUGUAGUCAGUGUGGAGAGGGUCAUAGAUACAGAGAUUGUCCGAAUAAAAAUACUGUUAGAAUGUGUUGUAACUGUAAGAGGGAUAAACUGGCAGAUACAAGGCAUAAUGCCCUAGAUAUAAAAUGUCCAUUGGUAUUGAGGGCGAAGGCAACAAUUAUUAGUCGGACUGAUUAUGGAGGUGGAAUCAAUUAA